GUCUGUUGACGAGGGAGGAUGCUCCAGCCUCCUCAAGCCCUCAAGUCCCGAGCAACAGUCCGUUGGUUGUUCCUGCUGCUCCUCACGGGGCUCGGACGUGAUUCUGGGAGCCGGUUCGAGCAGCGGGGACCCGGCGGUUGGACCGAGCCUGACUUGAAUGACAAGUAACGGAGCCUUUUCAUGACAACAAGCAGCGGAAUGUGCUCAAGUCUGGACCGCGACCGGGCUCUAUGAAGGCAUCGAUCAGUCUCGAUCUCUCAGCGGAACCGAAGCACAACUUCAGCCCUCAAAUCCCGGCGUUAUUUUUUGGUGUUUUCACGGUUUGAUUUUUGAAUCUCGAAGGCGCGGCGGUUGUUGGGGGUGUGUUUCUUUUGUCACCCAACUUCUGCCUCCAUGGCUCUGGUGAUGGAGCCCGUGAGCAAGUGGAGCUCCAGCCAGGUGGUGGACUGGAUGAAAGGACUGGACGACUGCCUGCAGCAGUACAUCAAGACCUUCGAGCGGGAGAAAGUGGAGGGGGACCAGCUGCUGAGAAUCACCCACCAGGAGCUGGAGGACUUGGGAGUGUCCAGAAUCGGCCACCAGGAACUCAUCCUGGAGGCUGUGGACUUGCUCUGCGCCCUGAAUUACGGCCUAGAAACGGAGAAUCUAAAGACCCUGUCCCACAAGCUCAACGCCUCGGCGAAGAACUUGCAGAACUUCAUCACCGGGAGGCGCCGCAGCGGGCACUACGACGGUCGCGCCACCCGCAAACUGCCCAACGACUUCCUGACCUCAGUGGUGGAUCUGAUCGCUGCUGCCAAGAGUCUCCUGGCCUGGCUGGACAGGUGCUCUUUCUUCUUCAGGUCGCCCUUCGCAGCUGUGGCAGAUUAUUCGGUCACGAGGAACAGCGUCAUCCAGCUGUGUCUGGAGCUCACCACCAUCGUCCAGCAGGACUGCACGGUCUAUGAGACGGAGAACAAAAUCCUCAAUGUGUGUAAAACGCUGUCAGAGGUCUGCGACCACAUCAUCUCUCUGUCCUCGGGUCCCACCGUGUCCCAGGCCGCACAUUUGGAGGUGGUCCAGUUAGCCAAUGUCAAGUCUACUGAAGGACUGGGCAUGUACAUCAAGUCCACGUACGACGGUCUGCACGUGAUCACGGGGACGACCGAGGGGUCCCUGGCUGACCGCUGCAAGAAAAUCCAUGCAGGAGAUGAAGUCAUUCAGGUCAACCAUCAGACCGUGGUGGGCUGGCAGCUGAAGAACCUGGUGAACUUGCUGCGUGGAGACCCAGCAGGCGUCACCCUGACACUGAAGAAGCGGCCGCAGAGCACGCUCACGUCUACGCCAGCUCUGCUCAAGAACAUGAGAUGGAAACCGUUGGCUCUGCAGCCCCUCUUCCCUCAGAGCCCCAGCAGCAGCGUGGCAACGCCUACCAGCACUUUGAGCACGCCGUCCAGGAAGAAUAGCUGUGCUCUGCAGGACUUGUUCAUCCCUCCCCCUCCAGCAGAACCCUAUACUCCCAGAGACGAGAAGGAAGAUCUCGAUGCGGACGAUCCUCAGUCCGAGGUGCAGAUCACAAAGGGAUCUGAGUCACCGAACUCCUACCUCGACCAGGAGUGUCGGCGGAGGUUUCCCCUGGUGGAGGAGGACUCCAUACUCUACUGCUACGAGUACGACCAGAGCCAAGAGGUGUCGUCGGCCCGAAGAGCCAGCACCCCCACCUAUGGAAGGCUCAGGCCCAUCUCUAUGCCGGUGGAAUACAACUGGGUGGGAGACAACGAAGACCUGGCCAAGCACAAGCGAGAGAGCAGGAGAGAGAAUUCGCUGAUGCACUUCGCCAGCGAAGACAAAACCACCGGGGAUGAGUUCCUGCUGGGUCGCAGCCUGAGUCAGAACCGGCGAAAGGAGCGGGGAAGCAGCCCCACCCACUACACCCUGGUGCCGGCCCUGCAGAUGGACGUCACCAUGUCCACGUCCAGCUCCGACUCGGCUUCCCUGUACCACGUGUUUGAACGCUCCUCGCUGCUCUCAAGGUCGAAGAAGAAGAGUAAAGGUGGAAGCCCCAUGCACUCGGUCAGCAAGCGCCGGAUAUCCUGCCGAGACCUGGGUCACGGCGACUGCGAGGGCUGGCUCUGGAAGAAGAAGGACGCCAAGACCUAUUUCUCGCAGAAGUGGAAGAAGUACUGGUUCAUCCUGAAGGGCACGUGCCUCUACUGGUACAUGAACGAGGAGGACGAGAAGGCGGAGGGAUUCGUGAGCCUCCCGGAGUUCAACAUCGAUCGAGCCACCGAGUGCCGGAGGAAGUUCGCCUUCAAGGCCUGCCAUCCCAAAAUAAAGACCUUCUACUUUGCUGCGGAAAAUGUGGACGACAUGUCACGGUGGCUCAGUCGUCUCAGCAUGGCAGUAGCAGGAUUCUCCGACACGGAAAAAGGUCGCGACCAAGAUUACUGGAGUGAGAGUGAUCAUGAAGACAUGGAGCUGCCCUCGAUGCCCAAACAGGAAAGCCCUCCUCCGCCGUACGACACCUUUCCCAGAGCAGCUUCCGCAAGUCCCUACCUGGAGCCCAAACACCUGUCCUCCUCAGACACCUUCCAGUCCCGUUCCUCUCAUGAAGAGUUCCACUCAGAGCCGCAGGAAAGCGGCCGGAAUAACGGCGUCUCCUCUGGUCAGAUGGUCGGGAAUCACAGGAACUCCUGGCAGGACCAGAUGGAGAACAACGCCCGGAUGCACUACCUUCAGACGUACCCACUGGAGGAGCCCAUGAUGCCUGGCGACAGAGAGCAGCUGGCCAUGGAGUACCGGCGCCAGUCCACGCUGCCGGCCCAGCGGAGCCUCUUGCAGGAGCAGUACAACGCCAUGCCGCUGCCGCUCAGGUCCAGCUUUGAUUCCGAGUCCGGAGGGAAGCCUCGGAGCUUCACGCUUCCCAGAGACAGUGGGCUUCACGCCAUUCUAGCUGCCACUGCUGGAGCGACAGAGCAGAGGGAGACCCGCCAUUACCAGCCGGACCGGACCAGAGACAGAGGACAUGGUCGGGACUUCCGGAUGCAGGCGGAUUCUCUUGGGGAUUUGUACCGAGCUCUGGAGCAGACCAGCCUGUCCACCUCAGCUGACCACAGAUCAGCCAGCCGCCUGGAGUACAAGCGCUCCUUCGUGCGCCGCGUCAACGACCCCCUGUUGAACGACAAACUCCACCGCCUCCGAAUCCUCCAAAGCUCCCUCAAGAACAUCUCUCUUCAAGACACGAAUCGUUCUCUUGGGUUUCUGGGGUAGACUUCAACACUAUCUGUGCCUCGUGCGGUCGGCUUCCCUUCAACGGCGCCACCUUCCUUACCUCCGCGGCUUCUCUCCUCCCACCGUGCUCAACCUCCUCCAGUGAAAAGGAUUCUCGCUCUACUGUCAAGCUGAGGGCUUUGCCGGGUUUGGUACUGACAACAAGCACUUUCAUCGUAUUGUAUGUAUUUGCUGAGCUGCGGCUGGUCGCUAACAGCGCUUCCUGCUCCUGGACAGAACUGUUCUGGAUGUACGCGACAUUUCGUUAUGCAUGCGCGUAUCAGUCAUUGUUCCUUGGGUGUAACAGGCUGUUAACAAGACACUUUCCUUCCCGUGUCACCAGAUUUUGUUUGAAGCUCUUAUGUCUUAUCGAGGUGGUGGAUGAGAAGUGGGGCUAACUGAAGGCACCUUCUGGAGCCAAGGCUUGUCAUGGUGGUCGGCAGGGUUCCCUUUAGACUGGGAGAUUUGCUUGUGUUCCUUUGAGCUUGGCAGCUUCAAAGAGUGGGACUGUGUAUUGGCAGGUAUCUUGCGAUACGAUACGUAUCGCGAUACAGCUGUGGUGGUACGAUACAGUGCAAUCCUGUAACUUCAGCAAUAUAUAUUAUUAUAUAGGGGGUAUCAGAUAAUGCAGUACAAUAUUGUGUUUAUGAAAGCAAGUUUAUUGUCGUGAACUCGGUCCACUUACUUACUGACUGUCAGUUUAAAUUUCCCAGUCUUCCCAAGGAAUGAGCAGCUCCCUUAACCAACUCCAGUUUACAGAGAGAAAACGUUUUUAGUAUGUGACAUGCCACAAAUAUGGCUGCAUGUCCAAGUAUUUAUGUAUUUAAUAUCGCUACAGCCAAUAAAAUAUUGUGAUAUUUCAGCAAAAAUAUCUGGGCAAUAUGACUUUAGUUAGUUAGUUAGUAGAGUGGUAGUUCGUGGGGCGCCAAGACUUCAGGCCAGGAGGGCAUUUUCCUAGUUCAGUUCAUGGAAAUGUGACCAGUGGUAUUUUCUCAAAAAGAUGUCCAAGAUGUAGCUUUGCUAAUUUGCAUUGGGACAAUAGAAGACGCCAUCACUUUCCUGAGCUUGGUGGAAACAACAAAAAUCGACAAUGCUAAAGUUAGCAUUUGUCAAAAGGUGCAGCAGAAUGUCAGAGAAUACGGCUGUUUUUCCGCUUUUCUGCUACUCCUGUCACACAACAUGCUAGUUUUUUCUGUGUCACUUUUAGCAACCACCAAGCCAAGAGGGCAUUUUCCUAGUCAGGUGGGUAAAAACAGGUGAAUUUUUCGUGUAUCAGUGACAAAUAUUCCUGGUAAAAUUAAUCAACAAUUCCCUUCCAUUCCCGCCGACUUUAAGUUUGUCUAGCUAAACAACUGAGGAUGCUAUUUGCAGCGGAUGUUAGCUCGGUUUAACCCUGGUUUAAUGGCUCUGCAAUAAUCAGUCCCCUUCACCGAGAUAAACCAAUGAACAACUCAAGUUCCACUUUUUGUGACUGUGGAAGAAUAAUUUGGGGAAUUCUGAAACUACCUUGGCACCAUCAAGGGAAGCUCUUCCACCUUUGCACCCCCUUCAUCUGGACGCAGCUCCUUCUCUCAUUUCCAAGGAAGACUCCAGUUCUUUAUCGUUCUGAGUCAUAGUUGUUUUACAAACAUCUGCGAGUGACACUAUAAAACCUCAGAAUCUGCUGGUAGGGGAUGAAAAUGUCUUGUUGUAAGUAUAUAUAUACAUAUAUCUAUAUUUAUAUAUAGAUUUAAUUUAACACGACUACAGUGACUACACAAUGUUUUGAGGUACUUAUACAGUUUGUAAACCAAGUGCUGUGCCUCAGUGAUUGUGAAUGUACAUUGUAGAGAUUAAAGCUUUUCCUUCAGAACUAAGACGCUUGGAAGUCACUAGUAUUGUACAUUACAAAAGAAUGAGCAGAGUAGUUGUCUAUUUUUGUAUGCAUGCCACCACCCGGUCGUUUGUAAGAGCGGUUUUGUA